AUAUGUCAUGUUUUAUUUUCACGUUAUAAAUUAUCUCAUUGGAAAGAAUCUUUUGGGUUUCACUACUAUAAAUUGGUCAAUUUUGUUUCGCUAGUUUUAUAGGUCUUUUUCUUUCAAAAAUGUCAGCUGUGACGAAAAUUAAGGAUAAUAAACCAGAGCCAAUCGCUUACAGCGACGCAGCGCUAAGGAACAAUGCUGCAGUUGUGGAAUAUUGUCGAACAUCUAUGGCUGCUUUAUCGGGCUCCACGGCUGGUAUUCUCGGGCUAACAGGACUAUACGGCUUUGCCUUCUAUGUCUUUGCUGUUGUUAGUCUAUGGGUAAUGUUUAUGUUGAAAGCAGGUCCGAAAUGGCACAACUACUAUAUUUCGAGACAGAGUGUGCUAACAAAUGGAUUCUUCGGAGCCCUAUUCACAUACGUACUGUUUUGGACAUUUAUUUAUGGAAUGGUUCAUGUAUAUUAAUUUAGUUGUAAGUAAUGUGAUGAGGAAUUGGGUUAUUGUAUGUAACAAAACUAUUGUAUGUCUGAUCCACCAAAGUCAAGUUGGAAAGCUUGUGUAAGUUCUGUUUAUUGUAAGAAAUAAGUAUUUAAGAUUUCAUCAAUGUCACAGUGGUCUCACUUUCUUUGAAUUUGACAAUUAUCAGAUUUAAAAAAUAAUGUAUCUUUAUUAAGAUUACCAGCUAUUGUCCUGAAAGAAGUCCAGUGUUUAAGAUGGAUUAAGUUGAAAAAAACACAUUCAAAUCAAAGUAAAAGUUUUCGCGUAUUGCGAGUACAAACAUACAGUCUGACAGGAAGAUAGACACAAAUUAUAAAAAUCAUAUUUUUGGCUUCUGUUUGUCUUAUUAAAAUAAGCUUGACUAGACUCAUUGACUACGUUCAGCCAUUUGGCUUAAUGAUAGAACUGAGAUCCAAAUAGUGACAGGUCGUUUGUCCUGAGAAGAAUCCCAAGUUUGUAAGUCACCUUUUACGACAUACAUGGGGGAAGAAAUGGAGUUAUUCUUUUCUUUUUGCUAUUGGUGCCAAGAACUAUACAGCACAUUUUAAAUACUUGUAUGUAUAAAUUCAUUUAAUUUUAUAUGAAUGUGUUGAGUAUACAAAUUAUAACCCAUUUUCUUUUAAAAUAUAUUGUAAUAAAUAAUUAUAGUUCCAAUUUAAGGUGUAUAAAAGACUUGUUGGCUUUUGUGUUAUAUGUAAGACUAUUUAUAAUUUUAAGUAAGGUGCAAUGAUUUAUAUUAAACAGUUAUUAAACCUUGCAA